AUGAGCUCAUUCUCCGUGUUUAGAUCGUUGGUCCCGCGUCUAGGGGCUCGCUAUUCGUCGCAUGCAACCGUCAGACAGAAGACGUUGACAGACAUCAAAAAACUUUAUAAAGCGAAGGAGCCUCUGGCGGUGAUCACAGCGCACGAUUACAUUACCGGUCGGAUAGCAGACUCGAGCGAAAAAUUGGAUAUCAUCUUGAUUGGAGACUCUUUGGCCAUGGUGUCCAAAGGCUAUGCCUCCACGCUGGAAAUUCCGUUUGACGAUUACUACUACGCUUGCAAGUCUGUUCUUCGAGGGGUGAAUCAAAAGUUUGUCAUAGCUGACCUUCCCUUCGGAUCUUUCGAGGCUAGUGUUUCGCAGUGUGUUGAGUCAGCCGUCAAGCUCAUGAAAUUAGGGAAAAUCGGCUCGCUCAAGGUCGAAGGUGGGUUCGAGCAUGGCGAGCAGAUAAAACGGCUCAUAGAGAUUGGGAUACCCGUGACGGGUCACAUAGGAUUGAAACCUCAACAAUUUAAUGCUGUUGGUGGCUACAGGGUGCAAGGAAGGAAAGCGCAGGAUGCCGCAAAUAUUAUAAAAGAGGCAGAGUAUCUCAGAGACAUUGGCUGCUCUAUGCUUCUUCUGGAGUGUAUACCGCACAAGGUCGCGCAGUAUCUUACUGAAAAACUGGAUAUUCCAACCAUUGGCAUCGGCUCCGGCCCAGGAACCUCGGCGCAGGUUCUGGUGCAGGCGGAUCUUCUUGGCAUGCUGGACUCUCCUACCGCCAAAUUCGUCCAGAAAUACAUGAAUUUCCAUUCUGAGGCCGUCAACGCAAUCGACCACUACGUGGGGGACGUCAAAUCGGGCACUUUCCCAAACAUAGAGACUCAUUCGUAUCCAAUUAAGGAGGAAGAGUUCGAGGCAAUGGAAAAAAUUCUGCAACAAGACCACUAA